UCGGCGGCGGACUCGGCCUGCAGCCUGGAUCCGGGCGGCGAGGAGGAGGACGGGGGGGGCCCGGCCGCCCGCUCCCCCCCGGCCAGCGAGCGCAGCCUGGAGUUCGACUCGGGGUACUCGGAGGCGUCGGGGGGCACGUGGCGGGAGGAGGAGGUGCCCGUGCGGCGCCGGCACCUGCUGCCCUGCCAGCGGGCACACCGGCUCUCCGCCGGCCCCGCCGCCCCGCCGCCCGUCCCCGCCCGCCGUGCCCGCCCCAAAUCCACCUCGGACGCCUGCCUGGAGCAGUGGCGGGCCCUGGAGCCCGCCGACACACAGGACUGGACCGUAGCGCUGCUGUCGCAGAGCCGGAACCGGCAGCCCCUGGUGCUGGGCGACAACUGCUUUGCUGACCUGGUGGAGAACUGGAUGGACCUGCCCGAGGUGGGCGCCGAGCCGCGGCGCCGAGCCCCCGCCGAGCCCUCCCGCCGGUUGGCCAAGCCCCCCGCCUUCCUGCUCAGCCUCUCGGGCAAUGUUCGCCGCAAGCUGGCCAACAUGGCCCGGCCCCGGGCGGCCGAGGGUGCCCGGCCAGGGGGCCGCGAUGCCACCAAGCGUUUCUCCUGCCCGCUGGGGCUGGGGGGGCAGCCCAAGGGUGCCUGCUUUCACCAGUCCCACAGCAACAUCACCCAGCUGGCCACGGACUUCCACCGCUUCACCGCCCUGAUGAACAGCCGCAGCCGCCAGCCCAUCAUCUGCAACGACGUUAUCGGCUACAUUUAGCCCCGCUGCUGCCGCCCGCACCC